CAGUCGGAACGACGAAGCCCAAGGAAGACAAGAGUCAGCUGGCUCGCGAGCAAUCCCGGGGCCGUGUGGUUAUUUCCUUGGCUCACUGUUGCCGAGUCCCGGGGACGAAAGUACGAGACAGUCUGAAAAAGCAGUCUGGCUCCCGAGGCCCACCCCUUACACCCCAAGGUCCAGAUGGCGGCCAACGUGGGUGAUCAGCGCAGCACAGACUGCUGCUUGUGUGCCAGGCACCUGCGAAAGUCCUGUAGGUCCUCUCAGUACAGCAUGGUGGCCGGGGCGGGCAGGGAGAACGGCAUGGAGACGCCCAUGCACGAGAACCCAGAGUGGGAGAAGGCCCGCCAGGCCCUGGCCAGCAUCAGCAAGGCGGGCGCUGCCAGCACCUCCGCCAAGGGCAGCAACAACGGGCCUGUGGCCAGUGCACAGUAUGUGUCGCAGGCGGAAGCCUCGGCCCUGCAGCAGCAGCAGCAGUACUACCAGUGGUACCAGCAGUACAGCUACGCCUACCCCUACAGUUACUACUACCCUGUGAGCAUGUACCAGAGCUACAGCUCCCCCUCCCAGUACGGGAUGGCCGGCUCCUACGGCUCUGCCGCGCCCCAGCAGCCAGCGGCCCCCCAGCACCAAGGCACUCUCAGCCAGCGCCGCUUCCUUCGGCAGCCCCCGGUCCCCGGCAUGGACGACAGCAUGUCCUACCAGGCCUCUCCCCAGCAGCUGCCGGCAGCCCAGCCCCCUCAGCCUUCCAACCCGCAACACGGGGCUCAUGCUCUCAGCAGUGGUCCCCAGCCUGGGACGGCCCCAGCCACACAGCACAGCCAGGCGGGGCCUGCUUCAGGCCAGGCCUAUGGGCCGCACACCUACCCCGAGCCCACCAAGCCCAAGAAGGGUCAGCAGCUGUGGAACCGCAUGAAGCCAGCCCCUGGGACUGGUGGCCUCAAGUUCAACAUUCAGAAACGGCCCUUCGCCGUCACCAGCCAGAACUUCAGCUCCGCCUCGGAGGGCCAGCACAGCAGCUUUGGCCCGCAGCCCAACCCUGAGAAGGCCCAGAACCACAGGGGCAGCCUGUCUGGGAAGCCGGAUGACUGGCCGCAGGACAUGAAGGAGUACGUGGAGCGCUGCUUCACGGCCUGCGAGUCGGAGGAGGACAAGGACCGCACGGAGAAGCUGCUCAAGGAGGUGCUGCAGGCCCGGCUCCAGGAUGGCUCAGCCUACACCAUCGACUGGAGCCGGGAGCCUCUGCCAGGGCUGACUCGGGAGCCUGUGGCGGAGAGUCCCAAGAAGAAGCGGUGGGAGGCCCCCAGCAGCCUUCACCCUCCUAGGGGGGCAGGCUCCACGGCCAGGGGCGGGGGUGCCCAGUCACAGCGAGGGACACCAGGGGCUGGGGGUGCUGGCCGAGCGCGGGGCAGCAGCUUCGCCAAGUUUGGCAACCGCAAUGUCUUCAUGAAGGACCACAGCUCCUCCUCCAGCACGGACUCGCGUUCCCGCUCCUCCUCCCGGUCCCCGACCCGCCACUUCCGCCGCAGUGACUCCCACUCGGACUCGGACAGUUCUUACUCAGGGAAUGAGUGUCAGCCUGUGGGCCGCAGGAACCCACCCCCCAAGGGCCGGGGAGGUCGGGGGGCCCACAUGGAUCGGGGCCGAGGCAGGGCACAGCGAGGGAAGAGGCACGACCUAGCUCCCACGAAGCGCAACCGAAAGAGGAUGGCGGCUCUGGAGUGCGAAGACCCCGAGCGCGAGCUGAAGAAGCAGAAGCGGGCGGCCCGCUUCCAGCAUGGGCACUCCCGCCGCCUGCGCCUCGAGCCCCUGGUGCUGCAGGUGGGCAGCCUGGAGAGCAGCGGGGCCGACCCCGACUGGCAGGAGCUGCAGAUCGUGGGCACCUGUCCCGACAUCACCAAGCACUACCUGCGCCUCACCUGUGCCCCGGACCCGUCCACCGUGCGCCCUGUGGCGGUUUUGAAGAAGUCUCUGUGCAUGGUCAAGGCCCAGUGGAAGGAGAAGCAGGACUACGCCUUUGCCUGCGAGCAGAUGAAGUCCAUCCGGCAGGACCUGACAGUACAAGGCGUGCGCACCGAGUUCACAGUGGAAGUGUACGAGACGCAUGCCCGCAUCGCCCUGGAGAAGGGUGACCACGAGGAGUUCAACCAGUGCCAGACGCAGCUCAAGUCGCUGUACACAGAGAACCUGCCUGGCAACGUGGGCGAGUUCACUGCCUACCGGAUCCUCUACUACAUCUUCACCAAGAACUCCGGAGACAUCACCACGGAGCUGGCCUACCUGACUCGGGAGCUGAAGACGGACCCCUGUGUGGCCCAUGCCUUGGCACUGAGGGCAGCCUGGGCUCUGGGCAACUACCACCGCUUCUUCCGGCUCUAUGGCCACGCGCCCUGUAUGUCUGGCUACCUCAUAGACAAGUUUGUGGACCGAGAGCGCAAGGCCGCCCUCAAGGCCAUGAUCAAAACGUAUGUUCAGCUGAGCUCUCCCCUGGCCCUCCUCUCGUUUCCCUCCGCACAGUCCCAGUGGGCGGGCCUUGAGCCCCCGUCCCCGGUCAGUCCAGGCUCCUCCGGUCUCCUGCCUGGUCUCCUCUUCCUCCUCCUCGUCUUCCCCUCCCGUCCUUCCUGCUGUCCUCUGCACAGCCCGCCCUCCACCACCCGCUGUCUCGCUCCAGGCCCCUCCUCCCCUGCUGCUCCUCCACCGCCUCUCUUCACGGCUCUCCUGUCACUGAGCUCCUGCUUUAGGGACAAACUAGAAAACUUGGCCCCACCCUUGGCAGCUUCUGGUCAGAUGGGACAGGCCCCGUUCCCACUUGAGUCCUUUGAGUGAAAAAACAUCAGGGAAACUGGCUGGCCCUGGGCCGUGCUUGUAGAGGGCGUGUCCUCUGCUGCCCAGACUGGGAGCAUGCCAGAGUGCCUGUGAGUGCGGGGGCUGCUAGUGCUCAGGGCAGCAUGUCACCCCUCCCCCCAGGACCCAGGGCAGGCCCGGGAGGCAGCUUCUGUUGUCACCGCUAGGGGGCACUACUGGUUUGUGGCGGGUAGAGAGACUGGGGGCGCUGCUGGCCAGCCCACAGUGCGCACGGCACCCCACAGCAUGUCCUCAGGCCCCACUGCCAGUCUUUCUUUGGGUGCAAGCCCCUGGUCGGGGUCAGAGCACACCAGGGGCCUCAAAUGCCAUGUCCGUUGGCUUGGGAGCCACGGGGAGCUUUGGAGUUGGGGAGGUGCGUGCAGCCCGAAGGUCAGGGGCACACUCCAGGGGCUGCAGAAACAAGGGCUCGGGGAUGCGGCGGGACCUGCUCAUUGGCCAGCCGUGGGGAGGGGGCGGUGUGCCUGAGGGCUGCCCGCUGCCCCUCUGUGCCCGCCCCGUGCAGCUGGACAGGCCCCCGCAGGGCAGCUCCUGGGCUUCCGUUGCUCACAGGGUGUAGCUGGGCCAGCGACUGCCCUCGUUAGUUCCCAUGCACUUGGCCCUGGGUAGGGACCCAGCCUUGUGCCUUGUGCCAGGGACCCAGGAGGUCCCUGGCCUGUCACUUACCUCAGGCUUCGCUUUUCCACUUCUUCAGUGGCACUGCCUUUCCUUGGGUGACCUGUCCCUUCAUCCCAGAGCCAGGUCCCUGCAGGGUGGCCCGCAGGCAGCUCUGAUGUGGGUGCAGCGGGUGCCCCUGUGCCCCUGGGCAGCCAGGGCUGGGAGACGCAUGGGCUUGGAGCAGGACCGGGUCAGGUCCUUUCUGCCACUCGCUUCCUAGGUGACACUGGCCAAGUGGCUCUGCCUCUGGGCCUGCAGGUCCCUCAGUGUGUGUGCGUGAGGGUAGGUGACUCAGCUCUCAGGCAGAGAGUGUGGUGCGUCAGCGUGGCAGCCUUAAAGCAGCUAUUUCUGGGCGAGUGCCAAGUGCUCAGUGAGGAGUGUCCGUUGUUGACAACCAGAGGUUCCUGUUUGAAAUGUGUAGUAGGUGUUGGCUGAUUCCUGGGCCUGGGGUGCUCCUGAGGCACUCGGACCCAGGUGUGGGGUCCCAUGAGGGCUGGCCCCCAGCGUAGCCAUCAGCCCUGCCGUCCCAUGCCUGUCCCCAUAGGUCACUCCCUCUGCCUGGCCCCUGCCCCUCGGCCACAGUGACCCUCUUCUGAGGGACUGCUCAGGCCCUGGAGCAGUGGAAGAGCCAGGUGGGUCCUUCCCUCCCCCCUCCUUCCCGGCCCCCCCGCACAGGUAAGUGAGGGUCAAGAGGGGGGCACAACAGGGGUUGGGGCCAUCAGCCCCACUCUCAGCUCCCCAAGCCCCAGAGGUGGGGAGGUGGGAGUCGGGGUGGGUGCCAGAGGUCAGCAGGUAACGUGCUGAGGAAACCCUUUGGGUGUCUGAAGGGGGGGCACCCACUCCCUGCUCGUGGGGGCCCCUGCCUGCUGCCCGCCUCAUCACAUUCUCCUCUUGUCUCCAUAGCUUCCGCCCGGCGCUGCCUGUCUCCUACCUGCAGGCCGAGCUGGCCUUCGAGGGCGAGGCCGCCUGCCGGGCCUUCCUAGAGCCCCUGGGCCU